AUGAGCUAUCAACCUGAAGACCCCUCGACGGGUGCCGAAGUUGACGAGAUGGAUUCAAAUGCGAUUGGCCGCGCACGCCCCCGGCGACAUGAUGACGAGGACGAGGGCUCUGAGACUUUUGAGGACGACGACUUGGAAAGUACAGUCGGUGCACCAACCAAUGGACAGCAGAAGCACCAAGGAAAUGGCGAGGAAGAGCUAGAGCUUCCUGCUCAUGCAUGCGCAUACUGCGGCAUCCACAACCCGAGCAGUGUCGUGAAGUGUCUUUCUUGUAAUAAGUGGUUCUGCAGUGCGCGUGGCAAUACCUCCUCUUCGCAUAUCGUCAAUCAUCUUGUUCGGGCUCGUCAUAAAGAGGUUCAGUUACACCCUGGCUCUUCUUUGGGAGAUACUAUUCUAGAAUGCUACAACUGCGGCACCAAGAAUGUCUUUUUGCUUGGCUUCAUUCCCGCGAAGUCUGAUACAGUUGUUGUCCUUCUUUGCCGUCAGCCAUGUGCCUCCAUGCCAUCCUCAAAGGACAUGAACUGGGAUACCUCACGUUGGCAGCCACUCAUUGAGGAUCGCUCUUUCCUUCCUUGGCUCGUUGGGGCGCCUACUGAUCAGGAACAACUCCGCGCACGUCAUCUCAGCCCCCAGUUGAUUGCAAAGCUUGAAGAAAUGUGGAAGGAGAAUUCCCAGGCAACCUUGGAGGAUUUGGAGAAAGCCACAGCAGUCGACGAUGAACCUGCACCGGUUCUCCUACGCUACGAUGAUGCUUUCCAGUACCAGAACAUUUUUGGACCGCUGGUCAAAAUCGAAGCCGACUACGACCGCAAAUUGAAGGAAUCUCAGUCCCAAGACGGAUUGAUUGUGCGCUGGGAUCUUGGUCUCAACAACAAGCAUCUAGCAAGCUUUGUUCUGCCAAAGCUCGAAUUGGGAGAUGUGAAAUUGGCCGUGGGUGAUGAAAUGCGCCUCAAAUACAACGGUGAACUACGUUCCAAGUGGGAAGGAGUUGGAUAUGUUAUCAAAAUCCCGAAUAAUCAGUCCGACGAAGUCACGAUCGAAUUGCGCGCCAAGGGCGAUCACAAGUCAGUGCCCACCGAAUGCACACACAACUUCAUGGCCGACUAUGUUUGGAAAUCAACAUCUUUCGACCGCAUGCAAUGCGCUAUGAAGACUUUCGCUGUCGAUGAGCAAAGUGUUUCAGGCUACAUUUUCCAUCGCCUUCUUGGUCAUGAGGUUGCAGCUGCUCCCAUGAAGACCCAGAUACCGAAGAAAUUUAGUGUUCCAGGCUUGCCCGACUUGAACGGCAGUCAAAUUAACGCGGUUAAGAGCGUACUCCAGCGACCACUCAGUCUGAUCCAGGGCCCCCCCGGAACUGGUAAGACUGUCACUUCGGCAACUAUCAUCUACCACCUUGCCAAAAUCAAUGGAGGCCAAGUCCUCGUUUGCGCUCCCUCCAACGUUGCCGUCGAUCAGCUUUGUGAACGUAUUCACUUGACAGGACUGAAGACUGUUCGUGUAACUGCCAAGUCCCGUGAAGAUGUCGAGUCUGCCGUCGGAUUCCUCUCGCUGCACGAACAGGUCCGCAUGAAUGAUAGCAACAUCGAAUUGGUCAAACUCAACCAGCUGAAGACCGAGCUUGGCGAAUUUUGA